AUGGGCCUCGCCGCGCCCCGCAAGCGCAACAAAAUUGCACACGACCCCAACAACCUAUCAUGGUCGUCCAACGCCGCAGCCAACAGCUUCGGCCAUCGCAUAAUGGUGUCACAAGGCUGGAGUGAAGGCGAAGCGCUCGGCUCAAAGGCCUCAAAACACCACGCAGGACUGGGUAGUAAGAGCGAAAAUGCCUCACGACUGGCCGCCGCGAAAGUCAAGACGAUAUACAAAGAUGACACUCUAGGCCUAGGAGCAAAGUACCGAAGCAAAGACAAUGAGGCUCAACGUGCUGGAAUGGAUGCUUUCAUGGGCUUGCUGGGGAGGCUGAAUGCGAAAAACGCACAAGAAGAGGAGGAAGUCGAGAAGAAAGAGGAGGACAGGAAGCUGCAUGGGUAUGCGAGCAGCAGGUGGGGCAGGAUGAUGUUCGUGCCUGGUGGCGUGUUGGUGGGCGACAAGCAAUUCGGGACGAAGAAGGCAGCGCUGGAAGCAGCAGACUCAGAGGCACCGGACACACCAGUGGACACCGCAGCGGAUGAUGCUGAGUCGACGGAGGGAAGUGAAUCAGACGAAGCAAGAGCGAAACGAAAAGCAGAAAGGCGGAAGCGAAAGGAAGAGCGUCGCGCCCGCAAAGCGGCAAGAGCUAUUCGGCGAGCUGCGAAGGCGGCACGCAAAGCAGAAGCACAACCACAGUCCGCAAAGUCCUCCCAGCCAACUUCACAGACCACGUCAGAUGACGAGGAAGAGAUAGAGAACACCCUGUCUACAUCGAAGCCACGAUCACAGUCGCGAAAAGCACGGAAACACGGUCGACCUGCAUCGGAUGCACCCAGCGCCUCGGACGACCAAGCAGAGUCGAUCACUGUGAAGGCGAAGAAGCGCAAACGGAAAGCAGACGCGGAUUCACCGCCAGAGAAAGCCGAGCUACCGAGCCCUGUGCCUCGACCCGUCGUCAUAAGGAAUGCGCGACAUAUACUGCGCGGGAGGAACAUAGCGGCAAAGACAAAUGCUUUCCAGGCUGGAAAGCAUCUGGAUGGCAUUUUCUUGAAGGCGGCUGCUGCAUAA